CCCGCUUACUCCCCUGCCCCGCCCCACCCAUGGAGAUCCCAGGACUGGUUGUGCAUGGGGAGUCUGCGCCCUUUUCCACAGCACUCCGAAGCCUCAUCAACAAUCCCCUAUACAGUGAUGUUCGCUUUGUGGUCGGUCAAGAACGGCAGGAGGUGUUUGCCCACCGGUGCUUAUUGGCCUGUAGAUGCAACUUCUUCCAGCGACUUCUGGGCCCAGAGCUGGGCCCCGGGCUGCCUAGCCCCGUGGUCCUAAGCACUGUGCCAGCCGAGGCCUUCCUGGCAGUGCUGGAGUUCCUGUACACCAACAGUGUCAAGCUGCACCGCCACUCUGUGAGCCCAUCGGGCAGAAGGCUGGGUGGCGAGGGAGGCGAUGGGCUGAGGGACAAGGGGAACUCCCUUCCUUUCCGGCAACCACCCCCUCUGCAGGUGCUGGAGGUGCUGACUGCGGCUUUGGAGUAUGGGCUGGAGGAACUGCGUGAGCUGUGCCUGGAGUUUGUGGUGAAGGUGCUGGAUGUGGAGCUGGUUUGUGAGGCCCUGCAGGUUGCCGUAACUUUUGGCCUGGGGCUGCUGCAGGAGCGUUGCAUAGCCUUCAUAGAGGCCCACAGCCAGGAGGCGCUCAGAACCCGCGGCUUCCUGGAGCUGUCGGCACCCGCGUUGCUGCCCCUGCUGCGCAGCGACAAGCUCUGCGUGGACGAGGCUGAGCUGGUCCUGGCGGCCCGGAGCUGGGCGCGCGUGGGCGCGGCAGUGCUGGAGAGGCCUGUGGCCGAGGUGGCGGCCCCAGUGGUGCAGGAGCUGAGAUUGGCCUUGCUGGCCCCGGCGGAGCUGAGCGCCCUGGAAGAGCAGAACCGGCAGGAACCGCUCAUCCCGGUGCGGACGCGGGGAACAGACUCAGAUCUCCUCAGCAGCGUGGGGAACGGCGCAGGGGACGCGGCCCAGGGUCUGUGGGGUGAGGGGGCACUGCGGGACACCACGAUGACCGGCCUUCCCCUGCAGGUGGAGCAGAUCGUGGAGGCGUGGAAGUGCCACGCUCUGCGGAGAGGGGAUGCGGCCCGGGGCGCCCGGUGCCGCCGCCGGAGAGGAACCCUGCCCCGGGAGCAUCACCGCUUUUUGGAUCUGCCCUUUAAGUGACCAAAGGCCGCGACUUGCCGGGAACUCUGGGCCUGUCCCAAACUACAGCUCCCGACAAGCUCGGCGCUCGGAGCGGGCUUUUGCUCCCAGCAUGCCCUGCGAGCGGGGCGCCGGCAGGACCGCUCUCUGCCCUGCCCAGCGCCCUGGGGCUGGUGCCGGAGGGGUGCACGUGGACUUGGGCUGGGCCCAGGCUCCCCGCCCCCCAAAACCCAAAAGUUGUUUCCUUCGCGUCAUACCCUGACUCUGCACCCGGUCCCUGGGCCUUCUUGACGUAUCUUCUCAGGUCAGCCGCCUCUUUAAUUCCAGCCCUGCCUCCUGGAGACCUCGCUCUAAAUGCCCCGCAGACACCUCAGACUUAGCCCAAAAUUGAGCUUCCUCCUCGUCUUUCCCAAGUUCUGCCCCCCGUCGUGUUUUUCAUCACCGUGGGUGUCCCAGCGGGAAUCCUGGAUCUCAUCCUUGCCUUCUUCCUCUUCCUCACAUCUGCCUCCCGUGGCAUCUACCUUCUAAGAGGCUGAAGGGUAGCAGAAUAUGUCACCCCAAGAUAGGCCUCUUUUGGCAUAAGGAUUAUUUUAAGCUGAUUAUUUUGAGAAACCGGAGAAGCUGUGAAAACAAUAGAAAUUACCCUUUUGUAAGGGGAAUUUAUGAAGGAAAUCGUUUGUAAGGGUGUCUCCCUCUCUGUACUAGGAAAAGAAGGAUGACUAACAAGAGAAUCUCCUCGGUGGAGGCGGCACCCACGGAAAUCUGCUUACCCUUAGCCUUGCCGGCCGGGCUUUUCCUGGUGGCCUCCCCACACUUUUCUUUCUUUUGUCUUUAGCUGAAGAUGGUAUUUAAGCAGGUAUUUUAGGCCGCCUCAGGGAGUUACUAAAUUUUCCCUGGGUAUCUCCCAUGAGGUAUACAUGUUAAUAAACUCCUGUUUGUUUUUGUCUCGUUAACCUGUCUUUCGUUACAGAGGUCUCAGCCAAGAGCUCAGAGCGUAGACAGAAAAUUAUUUUACCUCCUCUGUAAGAUCUUUCCAAUUGGUUCAGCCUCUCAGCCCCAGUUCAGCCAAUCCUAUCUGUGGCAGGAACCACUACAACAGGCUCUUAGGGGUCUUCCUGCCUCCACUCCAGCGGCACUCCCCGCUCCUCCAUGUCCCACACUGCAGCCAGACUUGUCUAAGAUUGUCAGCCCUACUCCCCUUGUUAAGCCCCUCAACAUCCAACCCCAUUGCCCCAGGACAAAAUACAAUCUGCGUCAUUUUCAGGGCACUCAAAAUUCCUAGUGGUUCCAAAUAUCAGCAGCUCUUCUCUCAGCUGCUACCUUUGCAUGAAUUCACUGGUCCUGCAGGCGCUGGUCCUCCAGCUCUGGGUUUACUCUCUUGGUUAUUGAAGACCCCCCAUGCUGCCUCUUUCAUUCAUUACACAUUUUGUCUUCCUGAGGGUCUGAAUCUCCCUGGAGAAGGAUCCCUAGGUCCUGGAGCGGUGCCUUACUCAUUUCUGCUUCCCUAGUCCCUGUCACAAUAAUCAGUGCUCAGUAAAUGUUCAGUGAUGACUUU